AUGGACCAACUGCGCUGGGUCGAGACGGUGUUCAGCCUGGUGUGGGCGGUGGUGAGCGUGCAGCACGGGGCGGCGGCCAUGACCGAGUGCGGGCUAAUCCCGGCCCUCCUCAACGUCGUGCAGCUCAACAUGGACGGACAGGGCUUCGGCGGCAUGGGCAAGCCCUUCCAGCGGCGGUACGUGGUGUCGCAGGCCGUUCAGAUCAUGGAGACAGCGGUGGUGAACAAUGCGGCCGCUCUCUCCGCAUUCAGGGAUCUCGGCGCAGCCGAGGUGCUCGCGUCCGCUUUUUCCACUGAGGUUGGAAGGCUUCGCGAUGCCGGGGCGGCGGCGGCGGCGGCGGCGGCGGGAGAUAACCGUAGUGGUGGUGGCGGUAGCGGGAUGGUGGUGGACGACCCCAAGGGCAAAGCCGAGGGCAAAGGCAAGAGCAAGAAGCCGCCCUCCUCCUCCAAGACCACUAAGGGUAAAGGCAAGGGUAGAGAUAAGGACGGCAAGGCCAGGGGAGCCCCCUCUUCCUCCUCAGCUGUUGUCGCCACGGGAGGCGGUCCCGACGGGGCCGGGGGGGGGGGCGCAGGGGACGAUGCGAGCGCGGCGGCCGGUGGCCCCCUGGCCGACCCGUCUCCGUCGCAGAAGGCGCUCCUCUUCUCCGUUCUGAACGCCCUCAGCAUCACGUUUCAGAACCAGACCCAAACACACCAGCAGGUGGGAUCAGACCCCCUGCUGGAGGCGUUUUUGACGGCGGCGGUGAUGGACGUUUUCCGCAACAGCGACAUGUUCGGGGGCGUGCUGGUGGCGCUGACGGCGACCCUCAUCUCGGACGUGGCCAACCAAGACCCCAGCACCACUGUGGCCUACUUGCUCAGGUCGGGCAUCGUGGACGAGUACCUCAAGGUGCUGACGGCGACCCCGGCGCCGCCGCCGUCAUCAGACCUCUUGGUCACCGUGCCGAACGUGCUUCACGCGCUCUGCCUCACCCACGACGGCGCUUCGAGGGUGCAGGAGGCGAAUGUCUUCCCGGCGUUUUUCCGCAUGCUGCACACCCCCGAGUCCAUGCACCCGCAGUCACGGUACCCCGAAGGAAACAUGACGUCCGUGGUGGGGGCGGGCCUCGACGAGCUGAUGCGCCACGUGCCGGCGCUUCGGCCCCAGUGUAUCAAGGCCCUCGUCUCGUCUUUGAAAGAGCUUGUCGGGAAGGGGGACGAGCUGCUGAAGAGAGAGCUCGCCGGCGACUCCUCGGCGGAGGUGCUCAACGAGCGGACGCUGAUGCAGCAGUACGCCGCCAACUUCGGGCAGCUCCUAGAGUCCGCCCUCGGCCGUCCCGAGAACGCCAAGCCCUUCGCGGACGCCGGCGGGGACGAGGUCCUCCUGUCCCUCUUCUCGCUCGCGGUGCCUGGACCGAGGGCUCUGUUGGCGCGCGCGUCGUGCGCCGGCGGGGGCGGCGGCGGCGGUACGACGUCGUCGUCUUCCUCGUCGUCGUCGUCCUCCUCUUCGCAGCAGCACAGCCUGGCCAACCACGCCGCCUCCCAGGCGCUGACGAGCGCGAUGAAGGCCCUCGGCACGCACGACACGGCGCGGCUGCUGAAGCGUGUCCUGGUGGCGCUGGACAGGGAGCUGGACAGGCUGGACGCCGCCAGGAAGGGCGGUCGUGGAAGCGGGGGGUAUGUCCGCGGCCGUGGCAUCCGCUUCGGGGUCCUCCGGCGGCGGCGGCGGCGGCGAUGCCAUGGACGUCGACAGCGAAGCACCGCCGACCGCCGUAAAAUCGCCUAG